CAGAGGUUUUCUUAUCUAUUCAGGUCGAUUGUUUUUUAAGUGAGCAUGCUUCACAGAAAGGCUGCUGUAUAGGGUGCAUAAACCAUGACGCACUAUGUGCGCAAAAACUAAUCUUAAUGUAUUUUUGCUGGACAGAUAAAUUUUGUUGUAACAUAUUUUAUUUAUAUUGUCAAAUCUUUCAUUUUCACCUACGAUCACAUUGCCUCUCUUUUUGUCUUCUGUUUUCUCAUCCUGGUUCACAUGUAUGGUCAUUUUAUCAUCUGUUGAAUGCUCUCUGCCCCUUGCUUGAUGGUCACUUUUCUUUUGGUCAGUGUUCGUUGACUCAAAGAAAAAAAGUGAAUGAGUUAAUGAAAGCAGUGACAGGUAAAGUGAGCUCUUUUUUGUUUAUUUUCCUUCCUUUCACUUUAGCAAUGAUGAUUUCUUGCCAGGUUGUUUGAGUGUUGUGGCAUGACAACCUGGUUUCCUCGUUAUGCAGCAAACCCCCCCCCCUCUUCCCACCCCCUUGCUGGCUCCACCUCUGUUGAUUUGGACACUGCUUUUGCUCAUGCUAUCAGUUUUCAGUGUGACUAAAAUAUAUUGCUCAAAAGGAUUAAUCAUUAAUGAGGUGAUGAGUCCAAAUAUUUAAUAUUUAGACAGAACCUCCUGUGGGCUGAAUGACCUUUUAAAAAGGCAGACAAGCUUCUUAACCUGGUGUUGGUGACCAGACUUCAUCAUGGUGGUCCGUGGAUUUCUUGUACAGGAGGGAUUAUUGUUAGCCUUCUUCCUUUUUCUCUCUGUGUAUGGACAAACGUCAGGACUGUAUUUCAUGGUGACGUUUCCUGCAGUGAUAGAGUCUGGAUCUGAGGCUACACUGUGUACGAGUCUUCUGAAGCCUAAUGAGACUCUGCGAAUGAGCAUUUAUCUGGUUCAUGACAACCAGAACAGAAUAAUUCUACAGGAGAGAGUGGAGGAAGAAUUUCACCGCUGCUCUCAGUUUAAGGCUCCACAGGUUGGAGGUCAGUCAGUGCAGGAGAUUAGAGUGGAAGUCAAAGGUGAAAGUUUUGAGAUGACAGAGAAACGAAAAGUUAUGUUUAAAUCCUACAACCCACUGACAUUCAUUCAGACUGAUAAACCAAUCUACAACCCUGGACAAACAGUGAAUUUCAGAGUUGUCACUCUGGAUGCUGAUUUUGUCCCACUUGAACAAGAGUACAGCAUACUGACUCUUGAGGAUAAUAAUGGUAACAGGAUCGGUCAGUGGACAAAUAUGUCCUCAACAGGCCUGAUAGUGCAGCUUUCACACAAGCUGAAUCCUGAAGCUCCUGAGGGCCUGUAUAAACUGAAGGCUAACAUUGGGGAUAGGUCAAUCACACAUAACUUUAAAGUGAACAAGUAUGUUUUACCCAGGUUUGAGAUUACAACGAAAGUGCCUGAAAAACAGAGUGUUGGUGAGGAGGAACUGAAGAUUGAGGUUUGUGCAAAGUACACUUAUGGACAGCCAGUACCUGGCAAAGCUCUGGUGCAAGUGUGCCGGAAAGUUACACAGUAUUUUCCUCGGAGUGGUGCCAUGAUUUCACCGUGCCUGGUUGAAACUGUAGAGAUGAAAGAGAAUGGAUGUGCCUCUCCUGUAUUCAACAUGUCGCAUUUCAUCAGUUCUGAAUUUGAACAAUAUUUGAAAGAUUCUCUUGACGCUACUGUUACGGUGACAGAGGAAGGAGCAGACAUUUCCAUGGAAAAAUCUGAAUCUAUAGAAAUUACUUAUGAAAUUGGUAAAGCUGAGUUUCUUGAUUUACCCAAAAACUUUGAACGGGACACAAUUAUAGAGGGAAAGAUCAGAGUUUCAACCUUCAGUGGAAAGCCAGUACCUAACAAGAAAGUGUACCUUUUGGAAGGUCAUAGGUGGUCUCCAAAGCUACUUGAACAUCUUACUACAGAUAUUAAUGGAUUGGCCAGCUUCUCAGUAAAUAUGUCUGAUCAUCCUCAAACACAGAUUUCGCUACUGGCAAGUGUCUAUCCAGACAACUUAUACCAGGAAGACAAAAAACCUUUCUUUACGUUCAGUGAAGCACAAAUACCACUCCUCCAACCUGCUACACCUUACAGUCCUGUGCAUAGUGAAUUAUCAAUAGAGAGCUUAAAGGAACCGAUUCCAUGUAGUUCAGAAAUUUACAUAAAUAUUAAAUACUACAUUGUUGGAGAAACCACAGAGAAUUACAGCACUGAUAUUAUAUACACGGUCUUGUCUAAAGGAGCCAUAGUCCAUCAUGGAUAUGAGAAAGUUGAGGUGAAAGAAUCCAAAAAGCUCAUAGAGGGAAAAGUCUCAUUCAAACUGUCUGUUGAUGCUGAACUGGCUCCUGUAGUGCAGGUUCUGGUGUACUGUGUGCUGCCCAGUGAGAACGUCAUCGCUGCUAGCAAGAAUUUUAAUGUUGAAAAAUGCUUCAGACACAAGGUCUCACUGCAGUUCUCUCCCACUGAGGCAGUUCCUGGUGAGGAAAACACUCUCCAGCUUUCAGCUCUGCCUGGUUCACUGUGUGGACUCAGUGCUGUGGAUCAGAGUGUUUUCAUUAUGGAACCAGGAAAACGCCUGAAUGCUGACAAGGUCUUCGAUUUGUUGCCAGCGAAAUUAGUAUCAGAUUAUGUCUUUGAAGUUGAAGAUGAACUCAAGUGUUAUCCCUACCAGACGACAGAGAAACAUCCUGUUCACAAUACCUUAAAGAGUGUGGGGCUGAAGAUGGCGACUAACUUGGCUGUAAAAGACACUAAAUGUGUUAAUAACUAUUAUUAUUCCUACGAUCUGGAAUUAGAGUCAGCCUACAGCCUAACAGAUGACAGUGUGCAGCACUUUGUUGAUGAAAAACCCUUACCGGCGCAUAGUUCAACCAUCAAGUCCAUCGAGACAGUACGCAAAUUCUUUCCAGAAACUUGGUUAUGGCAACUUGUAAAAGUGGGAGACUCUGGAUCAGCACAGUUUCCUGUCACCGUUCCUGACACUAUCACCACUUGGGAGACGGACACUUUCUGUCUGUCCUCUAGAGGUCUGGGAGUGGCUCCUCCUGCUCAGCUUCGUGUCUUCCAGCCGUUCUUCCUGGAGCUCUCGCUGCCCUACUCCAUCAUCCGGGGAGAGGAGUUUGAGCUGAAGGCCACUGUCUUCAACUAUCUCUCCAAGUGCAUUAUGGUUAAAGUGACUCCAGCUCCUUCCUCACAAUGCACUCUGAAAGCCUCCUCUGAUGGAGAGUAUUCAUCCUGUCUGUGUGCAAAUGGUAGAAAGACCUUCAAAUGGACUCUUGUUCCCUCUGUGCUUGGGGUCUUGAAUGUGACAGUCAGUGCUGAGGCAGAACAGUCACAGACUGUGUGUGACAAUGAGAUUGUGAGUGUGCCUGAGAGAGGCCGCAUUGACACAGUCACACGAAGCCUGCUUGUACAGGCCGAAGGAACUGAAAAGACAAAGAGCCAGAGUUGGUUGCUAUGUCCACAGGGAAACAGUGUUUCAGAGGAGCUGGAGCUGGUUCUUCCUGAAGAUGUGAUAGAGGGAUCAGCACGAGCUUCUGUUUCAGUGCUUGGAGACAUACUGGGCCGUGCACUAAAGAAUAUUGAUGGACUGCUGAAGAUGCCAUAUGGCUGUGGAGAACAAAACAUUGCUAUUCUUUCUCCCAACAUCUACAUUCUUCAGUACCUGGAGAACACUGGACAGCUCACUGCAGCCAUCCGUGAGAGAGCUACUGCUUUCCUUAAGAGUGGAUAUCAGAGGCAACUGAACUACAAGCAUGGCGAUGGUGCAUACAGCACAUUUGGCAGUGGAGAGGGGAAUACAUGGUUAACUGCUUUUGUACUAAGGACCUUUGGCAAAGCACAGCGUUACAUCUUUAUUGAUCCACAAAACAUUGAUAGUGCAAAGAACUGGCUGCUGAGUAAGCAGAGACCGAACGGCUGUUUUAUAAGACAGGGAAGGCUGUUCAACAACAGAAUGAAGGGUGGUGUUCAUGAUGAUGUGACCAUGACUGCUUACAUCACUGCAUCAUUGCUUGAACUGGGAAACACUGCCAAGGAUCCUGUUGUGAGUAAAGGGUUAUCAUGUUUAAAGUCCUCUAUUGGCAACCUGACAAACACCUACACCACUGCACUGCUGGCCUACACUUUCAGUCUGGCUGGAGAGCAUGAUGUUCGAGCGCUGCUGCUGAAGAAGUUGGAUAGUGUUGCCAUUUCAGGAGAUGGCCACCUUCACUGGUCUCAGUCAGCAUCAGAUGACUCUGACUCCUUGGCAGUGGAGAUCAGCUCCUAUGUUCUGCUAGCUGUUCUGACUACAGCUGAAGUCACUGCUGCUGAUUUAGGCUAUGCGAACAGGAUUGUCAGCUGGCUGGUGAGGCAGCAGAAUCCCUAUGGAGGCUUCUCCUCUACUCAGGACACAGUGGUGGCCCUCCAGGCUCUGGCUCUGUACUCCACUAAAGUGUUCAGCUCUGAUGGCUCCAGCACAGUAACUGUGAAGUCAGAUAAAGAGAGUCACCACUUUGAUGUGAACGAGAACAACAGGUUACUGUACCAGGAGAGACCACUGCAGGAUGUUCCUGGCAAAUACAGAAUUUUAGUGAAGGGCUCCGUCUGUGUGUCUGUUCAGAUGGCUCUUUUCUACAAUAUCCCCACACCUGCUGGACCCAGUACAUUAAGCAUCAAGGCUACAACUGAAGGAGAUUGUACAAAACCAUUUGGCCAAACUCUGUCCAUCAACUUCAUAGUCACAUAUAAUGGAGCAUUGCAAAGGACUAACAUGGUCAUAGUGGAUAUGAAAGUCUUAUCAGGGUUCACAGCAGACCCCAAUGCUCUGAAAAACAGUCCCCUUGUGGAACGGGUUGAUUCCCAAGAUGACCAUGUUAUCAUGUAUAUGAAAGAGGUGCCAAGGAAUUCUCCUAUGAAUUAUCAGCUUCAUCUUAAACAAGUGCUUCCAGUCAAGAACCUCAAACCAGCUGUGAUCAAAGUUUAUGAUUACUACCAAACAAGUGACCAGUCUGAGACAGAGUACUCCUCCCCCUGUGUGUGAGCUCUCAGAUCUGCAGCCUCACAGUAUGACACCUGGAAAGGACAAACAUUUUCUAUAUACUAAUGUUAGUUUCUUUACUCAAUCAGAAUAAGCCCUUAUGGUGAAAUAAAUUAGAACUUCAAGCAA